GCCUAUGACGAGGUUUACCCAUUGUUUCCUCCAUGACGCACGACGAGUUGGUACCCUCCAUGACCAGUAAUUUGUAUCCAUAGCCACAUCAGGCAGGUUUCCAGUCUAAGGUGUGGCUUAAAACAUCUCUGGUUUGCAUGUUUGUCUUGCAUAUAAGCCAUAUUUCAGGCCCUCUGUCCUGUAUACCACUGCAGACGCUGUCCUUUAUACCAUCAUAUUGUCAACGUUAUAUUUUUGCUGAUCCAUACUAAGCAUUGGUGAUUUCAAAGAGAACAUGGGUCGUGCAAUAAUCACAUUGGCUGUGUUCCUGGCUGCAGUGGUCCUUGUGAGCAGCCUCAAGUGCCAUGUCUGUUUCAACGUGGUGGGGAACGAGGCAUCGACUUCCUGUUGCGACAACCCCGGGGCGUCAGAGCUCACCUUUGAAUGUGAUCCACCGAGCCGCGACUACGUGGCCAGAUGCAACAAAAUUGACGGGACUCUCACCUUCCCAUCUUUGGGAACUGAGUUCAACCAGCAAGGUCUUGUGCGACAAUGCAGAUUUUUCCGUUCCAAUGAAGUUCCCGAGAACACGUGCUACUCCGGAAAUGACGCCCUCCCGUGGCUGAAUGAAGACGCCGUCUCCAUCGAGUUUGAUGGCGAGGUGUGCUUUUGCAACGCCACAGACCGGUGCAAUGGCGCAGCCUCUCUCAAGCUGCUCGGGUGGCAAUUGGGCGUUCUGGUCACCGCCACAAUGCUGUGGAAUAUCUAGCCUAUGCGCCGUCCGCGAAAAAUGGACGGUGAGGCUGAGUCCUUCUUGCUACGGCGUUAUAUCUACCACGAUCUAGAAAGUUUAGGCUAGGAAGGAGUGAGAGGGAUUGUGUUUUACUUCAUUACAAUCCCUGUGACCUCUCCGAAGAUAUUCUUAUUAAAGCUUGUUUGAAAAAAAGUUUUGACUUACCUUUAAAGAGAAUCAAUAAGCCUAACUCAGGUUGAAUAGGCGGUAUGGGAUUUCAACAGGCUGUCUGGAAUGUGAGCUGUGUACUUUGUUAUUCUGUUGUUGUCAAAAGCUAAUCAUCCGGAGAAGUCAAGUGUGCUGUGGAAAUCUAAAUUUGUAUCUAACACUAAUUAAACGUGGACUCAUUAGUAUGUUGUGCACGGUCGACUUGCCUGAAAUGGAGUUCGCAUUUUGUUAAUUAUAUCGAUUUAAUCAAUGUGCGGUUGUACUAUGUAAAGUGAAUUUUGUUUCUCUUUAGUACACUAUUAUACCAAUAGGGCUAAACCCAGCCAGGCCUCCAUCGAGAUAAUUGGCCCUAUUCGUGGGAACAAAAUUUCAGUCAUAUUCCCCAACGUAGUAUAUUUACUUGAAAACGUUAAAUUCAAAGAACCAGACUAUAUUCUACGAUUUUAAUCCGACCCCCCGCCCAAAUCACCUGGUACCAUCCCGUUAAGGGUUUCAAAUUCACACUGGACGUUCAGGAAUACGAUUGAAAUUGACAAUUGACCUGUCAAUGGACCGUCUCGUCUCCAAAUGCAAUAUUCAGUGGUUAAUACGUAAGGGGGGUGGCACAUUUUGACUCCCCUUGGAGUCGAAUUUGUCGUGGAAGAUUUACAUAUUGAAUAUUUAGCGGCCCUUAAUAUGAGAUGAAUUAGAUGGCACGUACACCACCUCUGCAUGUUUGGACAGAGAGUCUUUUACGAUCCUCAGUUUACUUGUCCACAGUGGGUAGCUCACCCCUACAAACCCUUCACAGUAUCUUGACAAAGUUUCUCUGUUAAAUAAAACAUCUACGGAAGGGCUAUCAAAUGGCCCAACGGUAUCUUGCUACGGUGCCUGUCUCGUACGAGUGAGCCUGUGGGGAGAGAGGUUUCCAACCAAAGGAAGUUGAAGUUUUUAACAGUACUCGGUAUCUUAAAAAAAGAAAAAAACAAACAAAAAUCUUGUUUGGGGUCUGAAUCCCCGCACUCUGACGAAGGGGGGCGGACCACAUUGCAAUCUCCUUCCACUUUGUCUAUGAGCGAAACGACGCCUGAGGAAUUUCAAAUUACUUGUAAACGUUUCAACAAUCACAAUGCUAAACAGUACUAAAUACAGAGAACGAUAAAAACAGCUUUUCUUUCAGUUGCAGUGCAUGGAUGUGAAGGGCCCUUACAAUAAAGUUUUUCAUGUAGUCUGAGUACCUUUUAUUGAGAUUUUUGGUGCCCCUCUCGGUUUUAUGCGAAUGCAAAAUUGUUAUUUUAGCUUAGCUCUAGUGUGGCGUGACAUUUCAGGACAAGCACAAGAAAUUGCUAUCAUUUUGGAGAUUUUUGGUUCUAUAGACCACUCUCAUUUUGCCUAUUACUAUGAGCCUUAAGGUUUGCGGAAGAAUGACUCUUAAAUUGUUACUGCUGCUGUUUUUUUCCAAUUUUAUUUUUUGUUUGUUCGAAAUGCACAUCGUUCCUUUCAUUUUGGAGGGGGGUUAUAGUGUAAGUUCCAUUUAGUAUGUAGCAUUGUGUGUAUUAUUAUCUGGUAUUUUGACGGCUGCUUGGGAUUUUUAACACUUACUGAACUUUUUGAAAGUUUGGAAGGUUUUGUAUUGUAGUUUCAGUAAAAGGCAGCAAGAUAGUGAUAAAACUUCUCUUAGAACCAAGUUUAUUGAGUUAACGCUGAACAGGGCAAAAAUUAUUGGACCGUGCCUUUACGGAAUAAAAUCACAGCAACAACUCUCUUGAUGACAUAAGCCAGUGAAUAAUAUCCGUUUCUUAUCAAGCUCUACCGCCCUCAUUUCAAAGAUGUAUUUUUCCCUGAAAAAGUGAACCGCUGGGUGCAUCACACUAUCUCCGCGUUUCAAGGAACUUGGACAAAAUAAAUCAGUAAGGCAACCAGCCUGUAACCAUCUA